UCCAAUCGCAUUUCAGUAAUAAAUUAGUUUCUAGCAAUAAAAUUGUUUUUUAUAGUAAUUAGUCAUAAUAAUACAUAAGCAACGAAUGAGAUUCAAAGAACUGAUACUAAAUUGAAAAUUUAAAUAUGUUUCCGCAUAAUAUGUAAGUCUCAGAUGUAUGCGCGGUACUUACAUGUAAUAAUUUGAACUGAGCAAUCUACGUAAGCCGGCUUAUCGGAGCAAUGCAUUUAGACGAAAAAAUAAUUAUAUGCUGUCUGAUAGGGAUUAUAUAUAUAAUUGUUAAAACAUGUAAAUUACAACAAAAAAACAACAAAAAUUAAAUUCUUCGUUGUGCGUAUUAAGAAUUUCACAACAGUGUUUUGCAAUAAAAAAAAAAGAAGAAGAAAAACGAAAGCAAAAAGAGAAAAAGAUUCGCGCUUUGUUAAUUGAAUUAAUUUGUUGAUAUUUGGUAUUUGGUUGCGGCGACGUUGCAGUCGUCAACAGAGCCUAGCGUUUUGAGUAUGAGCAACAGUAUUAUAGAUAUGUAUUACCAGUGGAAUUGGACGGAAUUCUGUCCAACUGGCAUCAAGCCAUUUUCCAACAGUUCAAAUGAUUUACUGCCGUGCUUCCAGGAAAUUGUGCUCCAAUUUCCUGUGUACGCAAUAUUUGCAGCAAUUUCGGCAUAUAAUUUUGGCGCAUUUGUGCGUAUGGUGACAAGGAAUCCACUACAAUUGCGUUUAAUAUAUGCACGCAUAGUCAUCACUGUUGUACUAGCACUGCUGCCAGUGUGUAAGAUAUUCGUAUUUCAUCAUUAUGGCGUGCCAGUAACAGCUGUUGAUGUGCUUAUUGUGUGCGCGGAAUGCCUUAUGUGGAUUGUACAUGCUGGCUAUCUGCUGGCAGUGCGUAAAUUUGGUAUAUUAAGUCAUCGUGGUCCGCUGUAUAUGAAUGUACUUUGGCUGUCGAUCUUUGUUUUGGAUGCUAUUUGGUUGCGUACAAGUUUAAAUUAUGAUUGGUGGCCUUGGAGUUUAACUACGUUAAUAUUUGAUAUACUCUAUGCUUUGACACUUUUACCAAAAGGUAACGCCACAUUCACUCCACCACAAUUUACACGGGAUUCCGAACAUGAAGCACUGCUCGCCAAUCGCUAUACAUACUUUCAAUUUGAUUUCAAUGAAGCACAUUUGGGACAUGCACAGGAUGAAGCUAAUAUUUUGGGGCGUUUAUUUUUCAAUUGGGUAAAUCCAUUGAUUACUAAAGGUGUGUCGGGUAGCUUAAGGAAAAUUGAAGACUUAUUCGAUUUGCCUGAUUCGCUGAAUAUCGCACGUCUAAGUGAAAGUCUACAGCUUAGCAUUUCACGAACAAAAACGUUGUUCUGGGCAUUGCAUAAAUCUUUUGGACGUGAAUUUUAUGCAAUCGGUAUUUUGCGUUUUAUUGCAGAUGCAAGCGGUUUUGCUGGUCCAUUAUUAUUGGGUGGUCUGUUAAGCCAGCAGAAUGUGACAAAUGAAGAGCAAGUUAAUGCUACACCCUAUUUGUAUGCUUUUGGACUUUUUGCUACAAAUAUGCUAUCUGCUUUCUGUGGCACACAUUUUAGGUGGCGCAUGUCCAUAAUUGGUAUGAAAAUGCGUAUUGGUGUUGUUAGUGCAAUAUAUCGCAAAGCUUUGGAAGCACGCGGACUCAAAGAUUCGCGACCAGAAAUUUUAAAUCUCAUGUCAACUGAUACUGAUCGCAUUGUGAAUUCUUGCAUCAGUUUUCAUUCCUUUUGGAGCAUACCACUCCAAUUUGCAGCUGAUGAUUAUCGUUUUAAUGCUUCAUUAAAAUUGAUUCAACACUAA